AUGGACAACAAUAGACUGGUCAAGAUAGCGCACGAUAACCCCUAUUGGGCCGAAGGAGUACCGGCUGACCCAGAAAAAGAUGGAGCGACAUCCUUGAAGCAGGAUAGGAGGGUAGUCAGGGAAAAAACGGAUAUAGUGGUUAUUAAGAGUCCCAGGAAAGCAGCCGGGACGUUUAGGAUGGUAGUUGAUGGGCAUAGAAUAGAGGCCAAAAACAGAUGUAAGUACUUAUGGGUAAUGUUUACAAAAAAUUUAGAUUUUGCAACCCACAUUGACUUCAGCACUGAGAAGGUAAAUAAGAAGACAGCGCAACAUCAAAGGCUGUUGCCGAUUAUAGGCGGACCUGGGUAUUACAAUCGCGGGGUUUUGUGUCAAGUGAUGCACAGCGUCCUCCUGUAUGCGGUUCCAGUCUGGAUACAAAGGAUGGUCGCAACGCAAAGGAAAGAAGGAUUGUUUAGGAUUGUCUCGGCCUAUAGAACUGUAUCGACUAAGGCAGCCCAGGUGAUCGUGGGAUUUCCUCCCAUCGACCUCAUGGUUGCUGAGAGGUGUUUUACAGUAGGAAGCAGAAUAAUAGAAGAAUGGCGAGGGAGAGGACGUUCAGGAAAUGACAUUAGAGAUGAGAUGCGUUGGAUACGAAGGCACGGUGGAUAA